AUGGGACGGAGGGCGCUGCAUAUCCGCUGGGGGGAGGGGACUUUCCGGUUUGGGGGGGUCCGCAACGUGUCCACCCAGUUUGGCCCCUGCCCGGGAGUCCACCCCAGUGAGGCCCUGGAGGCGGGCUCCAGCAGAUGCUGUAAACUGGCCCAGGAGAAUGGUUGGGGAGUGAUGGUGAGUCACCGAUCAGGGGAGACUGAAGACACCUUCAUUGCGGACCUGGUGGUGGGACUCUGUACUGGGCAGAUAAAGACUGGAGCGCCAUGCAGGUCCGAGCGACUGGCAAAAUAUAAUCAGCUAAUGAGGAUUGAGGAGGAGCUUGGCGAUGAAGCCCGCUUUGCUGGCCACAACUUUCGCAAUCCGAGUGUCCUAUAAACACAGUCCUUGCCACACUAGCCUCCCUGCAGAUUUCCCAUGCACAGACUCUCUCUGAGUGCCCCUUAGACUGCCUUCUCCAUCUCCUCUGCUCCUCACUCCUUUACAUACCUCUCCAGCUGCCAGAUCUCUGCUCCUUAGCCUCCCCAACUGGAAUCCCCUAAGACAUGUCGAGAAUGGCGCUUCCUUCCACCCUCCACGAUGCAGUGCUGCAAGCCAGCUUUUGCGUGUGUUGUGAAGUGUCUGCUCUCUGGGCCUGCUUCAGUCAUCAGUGUAUCCAAGUACAAAAUGGCAUGAGCACACUUGCCAGGGCACAUGGCCCAUACAUGGGGAUUUGAGGGUUGUCCUUAGAUCAGGAUGACAAUUGUGUUUGUUUAUUGACGCAGGUCUGUGUGUUUCUGUGCUGUUGCCACUUGGAAAAUGUUAGGUGCUAUGUUUUGCUCUUGGAUAUGAGUUUGUGUUUAACCUUGUGUUCUGCAUUCUGUCCAUAGCUGGCUGCUUUCUGUGCAUAUGUGUGUGUGUGCACACAAGAGUGUGCACAUGUGUCUGUGCAUGUAUGGGGGUUCUAGCCUGUCCCUACCUACUUUCAAGUAUUCUUUUUAAUCUCCAGUGUAGUGUGAUGUAUGUGGGCAUGUGUGUGUGUGUGUGCUGUAGUACCUGAGUCUGAGGUUAAGUUGCAAUUGAUCUGAAAGUUGCAUUGCUUUCAGUUUUUCUGAAACACAAGGGCAAAGUGUGCUGCCACAGAUACUCUGGACCACUGGGCUAUGCUUUGCGGGGUGUUGUGGGUCAGUGCAUUUGUGGGCAUGUUGUUGCAAUCAGCAGCCUGCUCAGACCACUCUCCCUCCCUUUGCCCUCCAGAUGUUUGGUCACAAGGCACUCUCUUUCUCCUUCUCCUUAUCCCCUGCCAUCACUUCUGCUUUGACCUCCAGACGUUUCACCUUCAAUUGAACAACAGUGACAAGUAAUAGGAAAGAAACCAACACCCCCCAAAAUCUACCAACAGACAAACCCUCAAUUAAAUUCUGAUUCACAUCUGA